GACCAAUUAUUUAUUACUAACUAUUCCCAGCCCAUAAAAUUACAGGAACUUUGCUGGAAAUUUGGAGAGUUCAAUAUGGGAUUGGCGCUCUUGACCAGGGCGGCAUCGAGUGAAUGACCAAGGCAGCAGACAGUUGGGAUUCUCACUGCCAAUUAAGGUGCCUGAUCUUACUUAGCCUAUGAACAUUCCACCCUAUAAAUAAUUAAUCAACUUCGGAGGUAAAAAGUUAUAUAAAAUGCUCUUUGUUUUGGUUAUAGCAAAAGGCCAAAAUGGAGUCUCUCAGAGAAAAUGGUACUUUUUGGAUGAACCAAUCCUGCCCAUAUCCAUGACUUUUCAAAACAGUGAGCUGAUGCAUGGUGGUUAGAGACUGAAGACGUGAAAAACACAAUUGCUUAGCCAUUACAGCUUUGGCUUUGCACUUUUGGAAGUCUUUUCAGACGCAUUCUAUUUAUGCAUUUGCUCCUCUCUGCCCUCGCAUUCUGCAUUCUUUAACUGCAUGGGAGUUUGCUUCAGUCCCUUCACCAGUGAUCACUCAAAACUCCAGGGAGUGCAGCAAGAUGGAAGAUGGGCCUUGGACUUUGCUUACAGGUGAUUAAAUCUAACCUUCCUGUUUUUUUUCAAGUUUUAAUUAUAUUACAUUACUUAUACAUUUACCCUUUAUAUUGAUUCUCUAAAUACCCAUUUUUCUCUUCUUUGAAAAUGUUUUUUUGAGGUAUAGACAUGUUAUUCAAAAUUUUGAAAAAUUGGAUUAAUCUUUUGAAAAUGAUCGUAUGCAAGCAUCGAACCCCACGUAGCAUUAUUGGACAACCUGAUGAUCCGACAAGGCUCUGCUUAACAGUCUCUUGCAUGGCUCAAUUUGUCAUGUUUUGACCCACCCAAGUUUGAUAGCCUGAAAAUAGAGGAGAACCCAUCUACGCACGCCUAUUGGUGCUCUUGCAAAACCCUAAGUCGGUAUUGUCUAAGAUCUGUUCUUGUGGUUGAAGGGUAGCAAGCAAUUAGGCCUACAAGUAUCCUUAAUAAUAGUUCAAACAUUUAUAUAAGUUUAUUUCUAUCAACCUUCAACCAAGAAGUUAGAGAUUCGAAUCUCUCACUCAAUAUCUAGUUGAACUAAACAAGAAUAAAUAUUCUUUUAAUAUAAUAAAUAUAUAAUAUAGAGAUCGAACCUCGAGAAUAAGACCCGACACAAAAAUAAAAAGAACAUAGUUUCAAAUUAGAUAGGAGUGAGAAAUAUCCAGUCUUAGCACUAAAGUCUUUCAAACCAUUUGUUUCAAAAAGAAAAAGAAAAACAAAAGUCUUUCCACCAUUAUUUUUCGGAUUUAUUUUUUUAAUCGGUAAACGCCUUUAUACAUUAUUAGAGGUCCUUUUUUUUUUUUUGCCACAAGGGAAAAGGGUCCCAAUGCAAGGAGGACAUAUGUCACGUGUUAGGGGCCCACCCCUACUCCUAUGUAAAACACAGCAAUCUUAUUAUGCCUUCUCAUAAAGCUUACAUGACGAUUUUGACCUUAAAAUUGAUCAUGGAUUGCUCAAUAUCAGACGGCUCAAAAUCACUGGUCAAAAAUUUUGGUCCCACUUCCAAUUAUGGUGCUUCAAUAACCAAAUCAUUCCCUUACCUUUUCAAUUCCUCUGCUUUGCUCCAUAAAAUCACUCACAAUCAUAUGUUAUUAUUAUUAUUAUGCUUAUUGUUAUCCUUUAUUAGAUUUUAUAAGCUAUCAUAAAUUCAUAAUUGUAUAAAGUGUGCGUUGUUCGUUAUGUGUAUUUAAUUAUAUAUAUUUUUUUUAAUUUAAGUAUUUAUAUAAGUGUAUUGAUUUAGUCUUUAGUUAAAAAAAACGGAAUAUUCAAAUUUUUUAUAAUCAUCUGAUUUUUUAUUUUAGAAAAUGAAGUUUAAAAUAGGACUUCCAUUUAUAGCUAAAUUUAUUUAUUUUAUUAUCUAAUUUUUAUAAAUGCUUUUAAAAUCAAAGGUAAGUAAUUGUGAGGAAAUAAAUACAAUUCUUGAAAAUAGAAAAUUGAAAAUGAAAAAGAAAAAUCAAAAUACAAAAUGGAGUCCUAGUAAAUUUCUCCUUUUUCUUAUUUAUUUAUAUUUUAAAUUUGGAGUUUUAAUAAUUUCAAAUUUAGAAUGGUUAAUGAAGAUGUGAGAUUUAAUUGCCAUAAAUUGUCCAUUAUUUUUAUAAGCUUAUGCACUCAAGCACAAUUAUUCUCUCUUCAUUGACUCAUUUUGAAAAUGAAAACCAAGCAAAGGGGACACAAAUUCCCUUGCGCCUUGGAAAAUUAAAAAAAAAAAAAAAAAAAAAAAAACAAAAUUUGCAUGGAAAUAUGGGGAGAGCUUGGAAUUUUGCAGAGGAUUCUGUAGUUGAUGUAAUAGGCAAAAAGAGAAGCUUACACUCAAAGCUCCACAGGCCUUUUCUUCUCUCUCUCUUUCUCUGUUCUUUGCUUUAUUUAAUUCGUCUUCCAAGCCGAAGAAGGAAAGCAUCUCCCUCCUUCCCCGCUUUCUUCCUCUCCAUUGAUCCCCCACAAAAUCUUGGCAACCGAUCAUGACAGAUGACACAACAACUUCCAGUUACUGGCUCAACUGGAGGGUCCUGCUUUGCAUUAUAUGGGUUCUGGUGACACUGAGUUUUGCAUUGUUCUUGAUAUGGAAAUAUGAGGGCCGUAGGAAUAAGGCAUGUGAUGGAGAAGAAACUCAGGAAGAAGAAGCUGGAGCUUUGUAUGAUGAUGAAACAUGGCGGCCCUGUUUUAAGGGAAUACAUCCUGCUUGGUUGUUGGCCUUUCGAGUAUUGGCUUUCUGUGUGCUCUUGGUGCUUCUAAUUGUCACUGCUAUUGUUGAUGGAGGCGACAUAUUUUACUUCUAUACUCAGUGGACUUUUACUUCAAUCACCAUUUAUUUUGGGCUUGGAUCACUGCUCUCCAUUAAUGGCUGCUACCAAUAUCAGAAGAAAGUUGGCGGUGAGAAAGUGGAUAAUGUGGAGGGAGAUGCAGAACAAGGCACUUCUGCAGGUGGAAACGGUUCAAAUUCAGAGAAAAAUCCAUCCCUUCGUGAUGAACAUCAUCUCAGGCGUCAACCUGCCGGAUUUUGGGGUUAUCUCUUUCAGAUUAUUUUCCAGAUGAAUGCAGGUGCUGUUAUGCUGACAGAUUGCGUCUUUUGGUUCAUAAUUGUUCCAUUUCUCACUAUCAAAGAUUACAACCUUAAUUUUUUGAUAAUAAACAUGCAUACAAUCAAUGCCGUUUUCUUGCUUGGAGACACCGCUUUGAAUUCUUUGCCAUUCCCCUGGUUUCGGAUCGGAUAUUUCUUCCUCUGGACAGUCAUUUAUGUAAUUUUUCAAUGGAUCGUUCAUGCUUGUGUGAGACUAUGGUGGCCAUAUCCAUUUCUAGAUCUCUCAUCUUCAUUUGCCCCGCUUUGGUACUUGUCCGUGGCUCUAAUGCACAUUCCUUGCUAUGGCAUCUUCAUACUGAUCAUGAGACUAAAACACCAUGUAUUUUCGAAACGGUGCCCGCAAUCCUUUCAAUGUACGAGGUAGUCGAGAAAGACCUGAAAGAUAUCGUUAAAAUUCUCCGAAGGAGAACAAAAAAGCAGACUUAAUACAAUUGAUCAAAAGGGAAAAGUGUAUGAUGUACACGAGUUAAUGCAAAUCUUUAUAGGGAAAAAAAGGAGCAAAAGAUUCAAGGUUUUCUUAGGCAAUUAGAUAUAACUUAUUAUAUGUAUGUAACCCACAGGAAGGAACAUUUUCAAUUUGGUAUAGAAUAUAAAGAGAGCUCAGCUUUGUUCUCUAUCUGUGCCCACCACCA